CAAAAUAAUCACCAUAAAAAAAAAAAAACAAAAAAAGUACCAAAAAAAAAAACAAUAAUAAAUCAAUUUUUAGUGCGUACGCCCCAACUAUUCCAACAACUUAUAGCAGAAGAAAAUACACAGAAACAAAGAAAAAUAAAACAACAACUUUAAUACGGUGUGGGCAGCGGGUAUUGAACUUCUAAGCGAGCGAAGAAAAAAUGAGUUUCGCACUGAAAUUGGCGCUUGUAAUACUGAUAAUCCAUUUCAAAUUACACGGCCUAAAUGCAGCAACACUAAUCGAUCGUUAUAAAACGGCUAUCAGUAAUAGCGACAGCACUGACAGCAGGGAAAGCUACAGCCACAACAACAGCGACAACGAUAGCAAAAACAAUUAUGCACGAUUUGAUAGUAACGUUAGUCAAGUGCACGAGUACGAGUAUAACGACAACGGUAAUCAGAUAAUUGAUAAUAUCGCUUUGCCAGUCACAAUAGCAAAUGCAACAACAACAACAACAACAAUUAACGAUUGGCAUAUACAAUUGCCACUGCAAGUCAUAAACGGUAGCAACAAUGACAACAAUGACCAUAACAACGACACCAAUAGCAACAAUGCUGAAUUACCGUUAGAUCAGACAAAGCUACUUUGCGAUAAUGAUGGGAAAUAUGCUAGCAACAGGUGCGACCGUGGGCGCAAUAUUCACAACAAUAAACCAGAACCGUAUGACAGUGACGAGCCUAAAAAUAGUAACAGUCAACAUGGUGGUACAGAGAAAAGUAAAGUGGAAAAUGAAAACACCAACAGCAACAACAAUGGCGAUAAUCUUACAAUAGACUUUAUUUCAGUAGCACAAGCAGCAGCAACUGCUCAAACAUCAACAACUAAAAUAAUUCAGUCCGCUGAAUCAACACAAAAUGAGACAAAAACACUACAAAACUACUACCAAUACAAUUUAACUGUAAAUGGUAAUGAUAAACAAGAAAGAGACGCAUCAAAUAUCACCACAAUUUUUGAUGAAACGAUUAUUGUUACCACACCACCUGCACUGGAAUUCCAACCAACCGAGGGUGAUGCCGUAGAAGAGAUACCUGAUGAGAUAAUUGAUCCCGGAAACCCAUUGGAGACGCCAAUUAUACCGAGUACACCACAUGACGUCUUGGAUGGCUUAGAUAGUCUUUUAGGUGCUCAAGAUUUAGAAAAAUAUCUACUACAAUAUAAAACCGAACUAAAUAAUAAUUGCCUAAUGGACGGCAUGAAGGAUAUAUUUCAAUGGUGGAGCUAUAGUAAUGGUACAUUGAAUACAAAUGGCUAUGAAAGUAAAAAAGCCGAAACUUAUUCCCUCAACAGUUACUACAUGGAUUUUUCGUAUCAAAAUUUAACUGAUGAUGAGAAUUUGCAUAGAUUGGCUUUGGAAAAAAAGCUGAGAAUUGGACGUAGUGUUUAUGUCUUCUCCGCGGCGCAUAAUAAUCUAACACAAAUACCGUUUCUCACUUUAUCAACCAUAAAUGGAACGUUGCAGUAUCUCACAUUGAAGGGCAAUGACUUCAAAGCUCACUCGGAGGAUUGUGAAAAUAUUGAAAGCAAACGACCACCACAAAAUUUUCCACCUACCCACUUUAAUGAAGAUGAUAUAUAUGAAAAUGAUAUGGAAAAUUAUAUGGAAAAUGAUAUAAAUGCCGCUCACGAAAGAACUGGGUAUUUUCGCCAUUUGUUGGAACCAAAAAGACCGCAGGAAGCCGAUCCCGAUGCUAAAGGCAUUGCUUGGGCCACCUUUCCGAAGCUGCCAUAUCUGAUGGAGUUGGACAUUAGUAACUGCCAUAUCGAAAAUAUUGCCCAAGAAGCCUUUCGCAACAUCACCGGCAUACGUAAGCUGUUCAUGUCACGCAAUAAAAUGAACACCAUACCGCAAGAUGCGUUCAAUCUAUUGUCCCAGCUGGAGUAUCUAGAUCUUGCUUACACCAAUUUGCUUGAUUUUGACUAUCAACUGCCGCAUCCGACACUCGCUGCCGCUGUGAAUUUAAUCUACGGUGUGAAAAUACAAAGUUCUGCGUUCAGGAAGCUAAAGAAACUCAAAUAUCUCGAUAUGUCGCACACACAGAUAACACGCACCAGCGCCAUGGCCUUUGCACAUCUCGGUUCGAGUUUGGAAUAUAUGAGCUUGUGUUACACCUCCUUUCCGUUGAUUGGCAAUGCGCUCUUCAAGAAAACGAGACUAAUCGGUCUGGAUCUCUCAGGCAAUCCGUAUACGUCAUUUGUCGACGAUGCUUUUGAGAGUAUUGCGGAUACCUUGCAAUAUCUAUUCUUCGAAGGCUCAAAUAUCAAGGAACUGGGUUGGCUUAAACAUCUCGUUAAUGCGCGUGUAUUGGGUUUGGCCAGAAACAAUAUCAAUAUGUUGUCAUCCGAAUAUUUUGUCUCGCUCAAAAACUUGGAAGCCAUCGAUCUGAGUGCGAAUAAUAUUGGCAAUUGGUACAGUCGUGUGUUCACGAAUAAUACACUGCUGCGCGCGCUUAAUCUGCGCAACAACAACAUAAACAUACUCAACUCGGAAAUGUUGGAGGAUUUUAAGCAGCUCGACUACCUCGGUAUCGGUGAAAAUAAUUUCAUUUGUGACUGUUCAUUGAGCGAUUUGGUGGAAGUUGCGGCGAUCAACAACAAAAAGGCCGAGUGCUCCAAAACCUCGACACUCGACGAUGUGCCACAAUUGGUGUAUGACAAUUUGGAGGACUUAUCACGAUUCUUUAUGCCAACAAUUAUGGCAAGAACGCUUUUGCGCAAUUUGAAACGAAGCUUUGAGAAUUUGGGCAUCUACAAUAAGGCGCGCUACCUGCCGCGCAUGCGUUUGGCAGCGAGCAUAGGUUACUCAAAGCUCCGCACUGCUUUUGAACAAACCGACGAGUGCGAGGUGAUCGACUUGCCCAACAACGAUGCGCUGCUCAAUGGCACAGCGCCGAAGUUCCAACUGAUUGACUAUGAAUUCGAUCACUAUUGGUGCUUCAAUGGCACAAAUCGUAUGCAACUCGUACAAUUGGACUGUCAAGGUAAGGCAUUUGAUGUCGACAUUGCCGAGAGCUUAAAUGAGUUGACAAAAAUCGUUGUUGCCUCGAUCUGUUCGAUUAUGGGCCUUACUUUGUUGCUUGUGAUUAUCUAUCUGAAGCGUUGGCAUAUAUAUUACUACUACUCUUCGCUGAAGUCAGCGGCUCUGCUGUCCGUGGCCGCUAAGGAUCAGGUGAAAAAGUUCAAUGAGUUGGCCGAGAGUGAUCCGAGUAUGGUGUAUGAUAUAUUCAUUAGUUAUUGUCAGAGUGAUCGCGAUUGGGUUUUGGAGGAAUUGUUGCCGAAUGUGGAGGAGUCUGGGAAUAUAUCGAUAUGUUUGCACGAGCGAGAUUUUCAGAUCGGUGUCGCUAUUCUUGAAAAUAUCAUAUCCUGUAUGGAUCGUUCACGUGCGCUCAUGUUGAUUGUGUCCUCAAAUUUUCUACUCAGCCAUUGGUGUCAAUUUGAAAUGCAUUUGGCGCAACAUCGCAUUUUUGAGGUAAGCAAGGAACAUCUUAUUAUCGUUUUCCUCGAAGAUAUACCACGCAGUAAACGCCCGAAGACACUGCAAUAUCUUAUGGAAGUGAAAACGUACAUAAAAUGGCCCGGCGCAAAGGGUCGUGAGGUGAAACCGGAGGAACGGAAAUAUUUUUGGAAACGUUUGCGACGUUCAUUGGAACAUUUGGGCAUAACGCCAACGGAAUCACAAGCUUGACCGACAGAAAGGGUGUAAAAAAUAUAUAGAUAAUUAUUCAGAAAUUACAAAAAAAAAAAAUAUUAAAUCUCGGUGAAAACGACAAAAUAAUAAAGAGAUUAUCUAAGCAAAGCUAAACGCAA